UAAUGUACCGAAAUACCGACUCUUUCUCGAUUUUGAAAAGCUACCAUUAUGUGGCCUGAAUUUCCAGUUAAACAAACAAAUGCACUUAUCCAAGCAUUCUAUCAAAUCAUUCCAGUAUAAAACAAUUUCACAUGAAUUGUGUUUCUAAGCAUGAUUUGAAAGCGCUUAAAGUACUUUGUUGAAUGCUUCUGGCUUGGAUUUGGAGGAAACAGGAUUAUGAAGACCAAUUCAGCUGGAAUGAUUUAGAAAGAUUGCUUGUGAAAUAUCCGAAAUAAAUGAAGUCUAUUUGAUGAAGGAGAUUUAUUUGUGAGAAGCGAAUGAGGUGAUCUGGCAGAUUUCAUGGUGUAGCUUGUCAAUGAUGAAUACGACUUGAUAUAAAAAAUAAAGAGUUGUUGUGAUAUGAUUGAUCGAUCGAGAGUAAAAUUUUAUUUUCAAUGUAUCGAUCAUAUCGACUCAUCUUCUGCUCGAUAUCAGAAGUUUGCUUUGGCUAAGAUUGUCUUUUAAAGUGUUUUUUGUGUAAAAAAAUAGUAAAAAACGUGUUAAUAACGAUAAUAUUACUCAAGAAUAUAAUAUUGUUGCAAAAUUACUUUACUCUUGUCUUUUACGCUCUUCUUUACAAUUACCAGACUCAAGUGAAAACUGUAUUUUUACCUAUUUUGUUUUAAAAUGCUGAUAAAUGAACUUCUCGAUGAUUGUUUGCUCGCCAUUUUUGAUAAAAUAAAUAACUUGGAUGAUUUAAUUAACUGCUAUAAAGUUUGUGUUAAAUGGAGCCAUUUGAUUGCUGUGCGAACUAAAAAAGUUAAAUAUUUCAUGGCUAAACCUGCUAAGACUGAUUUCUCAACUGAUUAUGUUUAUUGUGAAGGAAGAUAUCGGAUUGAUGGAACCUGUCUGAGCCUAUUGUUUCCAAAUUUAAUAAUUGUUCAAUUUUCAAUGGAUUUCUUUUUUGGAGUAAAUUUUGGCGAUGUUGUCACAUUUUUCAGAAAUCUAGACUCUUUGAAAGGAAUAAUAACUUCAUCUCGUGAAGAAAUAGAAAAAUAUUGUGAUAAAUUCGAGAUGCUUUCCACCAAUUUUAUUGAGCCGCACUUUCUACACAAUUGUUUCAGUUUAAAACAAUUACACAUUCAGAAUGCUUACCAUUUUAUCAAAAGAAAAUCACGUUUUUUCCCAAAUCUUGAAAGACUGCACAUUGAUGCUUUUGAUUCAUUCCCAGACAGAUACUACCAUGGUCCAGUAUUGACUAAGCUUAAAAUACUUGAACUGGCCUUAUACUCUAAUAGUGAUUCAGCGAUUUAUGUUUUCCAGUUCAUGGAUUCAUGUCCAAAUUUACAAAGUGCACAUAUUCGUUUGAACUCUCAUCGUUUUUUCGUCGAUGAAACAUUAAAACACAAAUUUUUGCAAGAUUUAGUUAUAGAUUUUAAUAGAAAUAACCAAAUCGACUGGAAUAAUUUAAAAAGAUUGAUCAUGAAAUAUCCGAAUCUCAAACAUCUUUCGUUACGGUCCACUGGGAGCAUAAAAGAUGAACAUAUCGAGCAAUUGGUUCGUAUUUUACCCAAUUUAGUGCUACUUGAUAUUUUUUUAUGUCCUGGAGUCACUCAAAAAGCUGCUGAUUUUGUUACCGAUUAUUGUAAAAGAUAUGGAAGAUCACUCAAAUUUUACUUCGAUAAGAAUUUCAAUGAAAUCAAAUCAGAUUGGCCUCAGUUAUCCAUUAAAAGCGAAAAGAUUGGUCGAGCCUUUGAUUUCAUGGAACAUUGCUUUCUUAAAGAUUUUGCUGACCUUCCACAUUUCUUGAUUCCUAUUGCCUCUACCUUUCAUUCUUAUUGUUAUUUUUAAUCUUAAUAUUAUUUACUUUGCGAAGAAACAACAAUUCACAUAAAAUCCUGAUUCGAA